GAAUAAUGCAGAUUCAGGCGGUGUCCCGGACCCGGAAGUGGAGUUGCCGAGUCACCGCAGUGGCUGAGCUGCUGACAGGAGGCGGCGGCGGCUGAGGAGGAGGCGAGGCGAGACCUGCGGCUCCGCCGGGUCACAGCCGCGGCAGCGCCAAGCAAACCCACGGAGUCACGCCGGCCUCAGCCAGCCAACGAGCCUCUCUCCCGGCGUCUGCCCCUCAAUCUGCCCCGUGGUCUGCCCGCUCGACUCGUCCCGGGCGGCCUAGUCAGCACCACCCACCUGGCUCCUGGGGCCGCCGCCCCGCGCGGUCCUGUUGGUGUCCCUGGCAGCGCCCGGCCCCCGGCUCGCUCGCCCGCCGGCACCAUGAUGGAGGAGAUCGACCGGUUCCAGGUGCCCACCGCGCACUCCGAGAUGCAGCCGCUGGAUCCAGCCGCCGCCUCCAUCUCAGACGGAGACUGUGACGCCCGGGAGGGUGAGUCAGUAGCCAUGAAUUACAAACCAUCCCCGCUCCAAGUGAAGCUGGAGAAGCAGCGGGAGCUGGCCCGGAAGGGCUCCCUGAAGAAUGGCAGCAUGGGUAGCCCUGUCAACCAGCAACCCAAGAAGAACAAUGUCAUGGCCCGGACAAGGCUGGUCGUCCCUAACAAAGGCUACUCCUCGCUUGACCAGAGCCCAGACGAGAAGCCACUGGUAGCCCUUGACACGGACAGCGAUGAUGACUUUGACAUGUCCAGAUAUUCUUCCUCUGGCUACUCCUCUGCUGAGAUCAACCAAGAUUUGAACAUCCAGCUGCUGAAGGAUGGCUACCGGUUAGAUGAGAUCCCUGACGAUGAGGACCUGGACCUCAUCCCCCCAAAGUCUGUGAACCCCACCUGCAUGUGCUGCCAGGCCACAUCCUCCACCGCCUGCCACAUUCAGUAGCAGGUGGGGCCACAGCGGCCGCCCGGGGCAGGGCCACCGUGGGCCAGGUUGGACCGGGCAGGGGCCGACCCCUCCCCAGCUCAUCUGCCUGCCCCCGGCCCCUAAGCCCCCUAAAGUCGCCAACCUUGUAACAGUCAUUGCUUCCUCCUAUGGUAGGACGUGUACCUCUGUGUGUUCAUGGAGCCGGAGAAACCAAAACCGGGUCUCUCUCCACCUCGGGGGCUGAGGCAGGGUGGGGGUUGUUUGUUCAGUUACUUGGGGGACCUCACCCAUCACCCUGCCCCCCUCCCCCAAAGCUGCAGUCCAGUGUGGGGGGAGGACUGGACAGCAGGGAUGUCAACAAUAAUGAGUGCGGGGAGGGAUUGCAAAGCCAGGGGCUUGGCCCCACUCCAGCGAAGCCAUGAAUCCCUCAGCCCCAGCCUGACUAGGAGAGUGGCUCAGAGGGAGAAUGGCCCAGGGCAGUGGGGCCAGGGCCUAGCACCUCAGAGCUCCAGCCACACACCCCCUGCCAGUCCAUGCCUAUGUGUGUUUUUCCCCUCAGCUCCAGAUGGGCAGCCUGGCAAAACUGCCCAGCUGGAUGUUGCCCCCCACCCACCCAUUGGGGAUCACUGCCUCCUCCCUCUUCCUCCGCUUUGCUCCGUUAAUCCUUCUCUUGUUUUCAGGGGUGGAAAAGACUGGCCUCAAAGACUGGCCAGAAUUUGGGGUAGUAUAGUCAGUCUGUCCUCACCACCUGAACCAAUGCAGUUAUCUUCCUGCUGCCAUCCCCUCCCUACCUGCUUCUGUUCAUUGGUCUCUGUCCCAGGCUGGAAGUAGGAGGUAAGGCUGACCUCAAAUGCCCCAUUCUCAUCUUACUCUGGCCCAAGUCCUGGAGGCCACUUCCUAGUAAGAAUCUUCAUGGAAGCAAGCUUAGGAAAGGACAGUGGCUGCGUGCUGUGUGGCAGGGAGAGCUGGGCAGGUGUGCAUGCCUGAGGCUGUCAUGGUGUGUGUCUGUGUCUUUGCAUUGGGCUGUCUCUCCAGAUGUCUGUUCCUGUCAUAGGCAUGAUCACAAUGGAGAAAUGACUGUGUGGUCUGUUAACUUAGAGGCAGCGUACUCGUGCGAUGGACUAAGGGCCCAGUCAGAAGGCUGGGUUCUGGCUGGAGCUCUGAAAGUCUUGCUGGAGCCUUCAGCAAGCUACUUACCUUCUAGCUUUAGUUCCCUCAGCUGUCAAAUGAGCAGCAGCUGAAGUGGUUUUUAAGGUCCUUUAUACAUGAAAGAAUUUAUUCAUAGGUGUUUCUGUGGAGAUGUUUAGGAAAUUUCUGUGUGCCUUUGAGUACAACUAGGAGUGUCCGGAUCUGCAUGCCCGUGUGGGGAGAGCAACAAGUUCCGGUGGGAUGCGGGGAUGUGUGUUGCACACAAAUCUAUUUGGGAAUAUGUGUGUGCAUGUGUUAUGGAGGAUAUCUAGUGUGUGUGUAGCUGUUUGAGGAGUCUGUGAGUGAGAAUAUACAUCCUUCUGCUGUGUUGCUGGGUGAGGGAUGGGAUGUCAGGAAAGCGAAAGAUAAAAAGAGACAUGAUGUGACCAAGGCCCUCCCCUGGGACUGGGGGAUGUAGACCUGCCUCCAAGUAAAGCAAAAAGAAAACACAGAUAGCAUAAGCCUACUCAGGCCUGAGCCUCACAGAUUCUGUAUGCCCGUGCCAAGGUAUGCACGCCUCCAUGCUGAUACCCCACACCUGCUAGUCUGUCCAUUCUCACAUAUACCAUUCACAUGCUGCAGGCAUGUAAAGGACACCCUCACAGUACACUCUUAGGAUGCCAGUGCUGGAAGAGGGGUGCUUUAAGGAGGGAAGUAGUGGCAAGAGCACGACAUCCGGGGGCUGCCAAUACCCAACCCAGCUCCUCCAACCCACCCCCUCCUCUGCUAGUGGAAGAGCCCUGGUUAGAUGGUAAUUAAUUGCCAAAGGGAGACAGACAAGGCACUUGCAAUGCCCACAAGACCCAUUCUGAGCCCAUUUCUCCCACUCUGGCCAGCAUUUUUCGCCUCCACAGCCAAGUCUCCCACUACCAUCACUACCCCAGGCUCCUUGGCUCACUUUUAGGAACAUGGGUGUCUCCUCUUUUCUAGGCGGGGCCUCGCCUAGGGCUCAUUUUGACUGCUGCCUUUGCUGCUGACUUGCUAUGUGACUCUGACCCACUGCUCAACCUCUCUGGCCCUAGGGAACCAGAGAAAAGUUCCCUCCCCACAGGACAUACCUAGUGCCCUCGCAAGUAAGGGCUUCAGACUGUGGCAGUAUACAGGUGGUAGAGAGAGGUAGACCUAGCACCUUCUGGGUCUAAGGAGAGUGUGUGGUCCCUUCUUCCCUAUCUGGGAGGUUGGAGGAGAGGAAUCGAGGCCUUAGCUUCCCCCCUGCCAACCUUCCCCCUUGUAGAUACUGCCUUAACACUCCCUCGACCCUCAGCUCUGGCUGCCACCCAGCCAGGUUUCUCCGUGCUCACUAAUUUAUUUCCAGGAAGAUGUGUGGAAGACAUGAGCCGUGUAUAAUAUUUUUUUUAACAUUUCCAUUGCAGUAUUGACCAUCAUCCUUGGUUGUGUAUCGUGUAAUACAAAUAAUGAUAUUAAAAGCAUCAAACAAGCCA